AUGCCACCGAGGUCUCAAGGGUGGGUUCAUGGGCCUAAUCCUGGUAUGAUUUUGAGCCUUGGGGCCGCUAGUCUCGUAUUGUCCCCAGCACUAGCGAGCACCGUGGGGGUCAUUAUUGCUCGAGCUAGAGAAGCGCGGAUAUACUCGGGAAUGGGAGAGUCCUUUUGUCUGACGAGAGUUCCAUACAUGUUGGAGAUGGAUGUCCGGUGGCUGCACCUCGUGGCAUCAGGCCGCAAUGGGAUGCAUGUAUGGCAUCUGGGGGAAGAAUCAAAUAUCUCGAACUGCGGGGACGCUGCUGCUCAACAGAUUGGAGGGUUGAUGAGACCGCCCGAAGAUGGAUGGAUGGAUGGCAUUUGCUGGAUAAGCGUUGGGGGCAAUGUGCUGUGUUUGGAGUUUGACGAGAGGAGGAAGAAACCCGACAUAGCACAGCCAACGCGCAAACCAUUUCUCUUGGAACCCAGUAAAGGGGAAGAAAACAGGCUGGAUGGCGACAGGAAGUAUAAACGUCGGGGAACCGUAACCUCACCUCCUCCCGCCUUUGCUCGUCCUACGCUUGCUCUCUCUCUCUCCUACUCCGUUGCCUUCUGGCUUCCUCUGUUUCCAGGAUACCCUGUCGUCGCUUCAACCGUCUCCUGUGUCGUCUGGAGCCCGGUCCUCUCACCUUUCCCUUCCCCUCUCAGCGCCACUUCCCCCCCUCCCUCGCCGGCUCGCGUCGAUCGCUUCGCUGACCCUGAUCUACUGGCUAUCAAUAGACUCGAUAGAAAAUUUGCUCCAGAGUUAGCCAGGGCUUGCAUUUGCCGGUUUCCCCGACCUGAUUUGACCAUCUCCGAGUCUGGGAGAGCUUCCCCGCACUAG